AUGAAAUCGUUCUAUACUGAAGCCAAAAAUCAAUUAAGCAACUGUACUCGUAUCAUAUCGGAUACGACAUCACCAUCCCCAACCGCAGCAACACCACCCGCCACCACGAACUAUAAUCACAAAUAUGAACUUGAACGUGACUAUGACACAGAUGUCACUGCAACAGAGGUAGCUAUGGUGGUGACCGAUGGUGACUGUGGUCGUCACGAUGAAGAUGAUGAUUCCUUUCCACCCGGCAUCCCGCCGCCUACGCUGGGUCUAAAUAAUAAUUUCAUUACAUCGACCACGGCAACGGCGUACGACACAUUACAGCGACCCUUCAAGUAUGACAAAUUGCGAGGUCGCUGGUCGACGGCAGCUGAUUUUUAUUUCUCCUGCACCAGCCAUGCAUUCGGUUCCAUUGUCUUUUCGGAAUUGGCGCUGUAUGUUUCAAUGUUUGCGGGAGCGUAUGCAUUAUUGCCAUAUCUGUUGGGUGUUCUACUGUAUGCCAUUCCCAUAUUUGGUAUACAAACAUUUCUGGGACAAUUUUCAUCGUCGGGCACAAUAUCUGUGUUUCGUGUAGCACCGCUAUUCAAAGGCAUUGGUUAUUCCAUUUUACUGCACAAUUUCGUUUCACUAUCAUAUUAUGCGGUCAUUGCUGCGCUACCUUUAGUCUAUGCCGUCAAUUCUCUACAAACUGUGAUACCAUGGAUGAGUUGUAAUAACUCGUGGAAUACGCCAAAUUGUUCAACACAUAGCACGUACGAUGACUAUGAUGAAGAUGAAAUUUUUCCACAUUCCUCGGAAGAAUUCUUUCGCUACAUCAUACGUUCCGAUGACAGCUCCAAUAAUCCUCUUGCGAUCUCAUGGCCUAUUUUGGGCAGUGUCUUUAUAGUAUGGCUACUAACAUUAGCGAUAAGCCUUAAAGGUGUAUCAUUUAUAGGAAAAUUCUUGCGUUGCGUAUGCCUCCUACUAAUUACUCUCUUCGCUGCCAUUUUUGUACAUUUGCUGAUGUAUGUUCAUAUCUCGUGGCAUACAUUGAUCGACUAUAUGGAACCUACACUGCCCGAUAGUCAUUUAGCGAUAAUGGCUGGCAUUAAAGCGGCGGUAUUAAUGCCAAUAUGGUUAUUGGGUCCUGGAUGUGGUAGCGUACUUACAUUGGCUAGUCAUAAUCGUUUUCGUCAAGAUUCGGAAAAACAAACCUAUUGGGUAGCUUUAACAUUUGUGCUCAUUACACAAAUGGGUACACUGUGUACUCGAAUAGCAAUGGAUCAUUUUGAAGAUCACGUAGCUCUCCUGCAUGUCCAUGUCAACGAAGAACACAAUUUGAGAUUUGUUUACAUUUGCUUUGCUUAUUUAUUUGGCAGCUUUAGUAGUUUACCCAACUUUUGGGCAUUUUUAUUUUUCCUCAUGCUCUUUUUAGCAGAGCUAUCAGCUGUUAUCGUACAAAUGAUGACCGUUUUAAGAGCUUUAUUCGAUGAAUUCGAAAAUUUGCGCAGAAAAACAACAAUACUACCAAUUGGACUGUGUGCAGCGAUGUUACUGAUAUCCGUAUAUUUCUGUACAAAGCAAGGAUUUCAACAGUUGCAUAUCUUGCCCGACAUUGUGACAGUGACCCAUUUAACCAUUUCCAUACUACUGCUGUUCGUCAGUACAUGGGUCUAUGGCAGAGAACGAUUCCAGUGUGAUUUACAAUUUAUGCUUGGCAAAACCAUUUCCAAUUUUAAAAUAUUUCUUUUGCGCUUUUUGACGCCCAUCUUUUUGGGUUUCUGCAUUGGCGAUGUCAUCUAUGCAACCUAUUCCUACAGCGAUGAUAGCAAUAAUCCGCCCUCUGUAUUGAUACUGAUAACACAGUGUAUGGUCUUUGCCGCCGUCCCCCUGUACAUGGUGUACAAAGUUAGUCGGACGACGGGCUCCUUGCGUCAACGUGUCAAGCAAUGUUUUGCGCCACAUGAUUGGCAUCCCGUCGAUGCGGACAAUCGUCGCUUCUACGAAGAAAUAAUGGGUACAUCCGAAAUGUUGGUCAUACUAAACAAUGAACAUGAGAAUUGUUGA